AUGGAGAACGGCGCCGUCUAUAACGAGACCACCGAGCCGCAGGCCAAGCUGCCCCGCCGCCUCUUCGGCUGUACCCUGCGGCACCUGCGCGGAUGGCGGCUGCCGACCAAAGUACUCCAAGCGAUUCUCUCUCUUCUGGCUGUUAUUUGUGAAGAAAUUGUGGAGGAUUGUAUCAGGUGUGGCGGACUUUACUUCUUUGAAUUCACAAGCUGCAGUGCCUUUCUUUUGAGCCUCCUGAUCCUGUGUGUUUAUUGCACUGAUGUAUAUGAAACAUUUGGGGAAGAUAAAGUACAGAAAGUGAAUUCUGGGGCCAUGCUAGCCAUAGGUGUCUCUUUUCUGUUAGCGUCAGUAGUGCUUGCUGCGACCAGCUCUGGGUCUGCUGUUGAAAAAGCUGCAUGUGUGUUUGGAUUUCUUGCAAGUAUUGCAUUUUUAGCUGAAAUUGCUAUAAAGCGUUUUCACAGUUGGAAACAAAACGUCGACAGACGCUCUGAAAAUCCUGGCAACACUCAGAGUGCCACAGAAAAUCAGCCGCUGAAUAAACUAAGCUAACUUUCUGGAAUUAUUUCAUUCUUUUUGAAUGGAGCAAACUAAAAUGAACUUUCAGUGCACUGUAGGUAACAACGUCUGUCUCUUCCUUCUAAUCAAUUUUGUACACGUUGCUCAUCACAUUUUUAUAGAUCCUUAGGUCAAGUAAUGGCAUAUUGAGCAUUAUGUUCUAAGGUAACUGGUCCUGCUUAAUAACUGGUCCUGCCACCUGUCCAGGUGACAUACACUAAAAAAACUUGUGUCUAAAUAGAAUAACUUAAGGACAACAGUGUGCUGAUUUGAUUUUGACACAGGUGACUAAUAAAGAUUAAUUUGUGAUGCAUAAAUUCUGAGCUAUACCCUAAAGAUAUUUUCUGUAUAAAUAGACCAGAUACUUCUCUUUCGAGUUAUAAAUUAGUACAGCAGAAUUCAUUCUUGUACUUACUGGUCAAACUAUGAAUGUAAAAGGGAUACCUAAUUGGAGCCUUACAGAAAUGCUUACCCUUACAUAAGGGGUUUUGUUUUGGUUUUACUAUUCAUAUGUCUCAGUUCUGUCUAUGGAGAUCAGUUUAAUGGAAUAGCGAGUGUAGGGGUUCUAUGGGGAGGGUAAUGUAAUGGUAUAUUGAGGAGACAGUUUUGCACCCCAUGAUCGUCAAAGUUUGGACUUGUAUGCCAGAAUCUUCUUUCAGAUUGUUUUGAAAGCUAUAAAAGUUGCAGGAAGAAACUUGAAAAGCCAGCUGUGAGAGGAAAAAGAUGAAGAAUAAAUAUUUUCACGAAGUAACGCAAAAAGUGGCAAUCUGAACAUCAAUGGGGAAAAACGUUACAGCAAGUUGGUACUAUCCUGGUGAAUAUAACUUGCAAGGUUAAUACCAUAUGCAGCUUGUUUAUGCAUAGUAAAUGGUAAGUUUUGCCAGACCCCACCAUUUUCUUUGUUUAUAAAUACGGCACUAGCUUGAGACUUCUUGCUACUGACUAGCUCAGUUGGUAAACAGGUAAAUAAGCACUUGCACCCUUGAUUUGUCUUAAAAGCCACAGGCUGUAGGACUGCAAGAAACACUACUGAUGCAACACGUAUCAGACAAGUGAUGGACAUAUCAGACCAGAUGUUGAUGGCUGUAAAAGAAAUGAAGUGGUGAAAAGGCGUUUUUCAGGUGUCUGAGGUAGAAGCAAGGCUGCUAGACCUCACUUAAGAGGAGAGCCUUCAAAAGCAGAGCAAAUUGCUGUAAGCCAGGAGAUGUUCCAAAAUACCAAAGCAAAUGAGAAAAAGCUGAUUAUGCAAAAACAGUUCUUGUUUGAGUGCUCAUGACAUUUGCCGUGUCUUCCAGGCAUUAACUCCAUUUCAUCAAUACCCUAGUCUGACAAAUUUAUAGUCCUGUAACCUGUUGUGGCAGCAUUGAGACUAAGCCCUCCAGAAAUUGGCUGAGCAAGCUGUAUUUGGAAAAGGAUGAGGAAGCUGUUGUAAGACAAAGGACUGUAAAAGGUCAAAGUAUUUUUCCAGUGCUGUCACUUUCUGAUCAAUGUUAGUUUGUGAUGUUCUCCCUCUAAGCUCUGAGACUUAAGCCUAACACUACACUUUGCUUGGAGGAUGUAAAAUUUUCACAGGUGGUGUGAAGCAUCAAGUUUUAAGCUGUAGCUUGGUUUCGGACCCAUGCGUAAAAGACACUUUCCUUCAUAGAAUUUCCCGCUUUGUGAAGAAGAAGUGCUCUUUGGACUGGCUUUUUUUUUUUCUUGUAUUUAUUAGUGUCCAUUUGCACUAAAACCUGAUCUCAGUCUAGGUGUACAGGGCUUGCUGUAGCUGUCUCUGAAAACUGGGUAGAUUAGAGAUGUUUUGUUUACAAGCAGUGUUACUGGUGAUACGAAGCUUGCCAUAAUGAGAAAUAUCUCCACUAUGAUUUGCAAUGUCUUACUUCGGGGAUUGUGUCCGUAUCUAUGAUUAACAUUCUAAGGGUUUUUUUUCUUUUUUUUUUUUUAUUGCCCAGAAUUCUACUGAAUUUGUUUUCACAUCAAAAUGUCUAUAGUCUCUAAAUCUUGAUCUAUAAUUAAAAGCUGUAAAUAUAGUGUAAGAGUAACACUGUGCUGCUGAUAUUUAUUAAGCAAUGCAGCACCACGACAGGACUUUUAUCUUGAGGUAACUUUUCCUGUAAUUUUUCUCAGCUUGAAAAUAUGUGACGAGUUCUGGGUUUUGGUUGCUUUUUCUAUAGACUUUUCCCCACCUAAGUGCUUUGUCCAUUCCUGAAUUGGACAUGCUGGUACUGAAAGGGAUCUGUAAACACACCUCUCUGCCUUGGCCUCCCUAUCUGUAUCAUCUGCUGCUGAUACUUCAGAGAGAAACUGAAAUACAGAGCAAGUUAUUUUUAUGAAAAGGUGCCACAAGGAGUUGGUGUCAGAAGAAGUGACGCUGAGAUCUCCUGACUCCCAUGAUCUGACUGUUAGGCUUUUUGAAACAAAUACUGCCAACCUUUGCGGAAUGGUUUGAUGGAUUCUCUUACUACAUACAUGCUGGCAUCCCUGGCAUGUUUUGGGUUGUUAGAGUGAGGGGGUUUUGGCAUGUUGUUCAUUUUCAUUUUAGCUGUUCCAAAUAGGUAGUUUAUACCCAUUCUUUCACCAACGGACUGAUCCAUGUAUAGAUUUGAGGAUCAGAUUCCAUCUCUGCCUGAAAGGGAUGCAAGCGUUGCCAUCAGCUAAUGAAAACGACAAACAGUAGUCUUUGGGAAACUGGUUAGUUGUUUUCCCGUAUGUCACAGGAGCUUACUAAUAGGAAGAGUCCUGCUAUUCUUUACAAUAAUACAUACUGCUCUAGUCCAGAUGCUGUUUAGCUGGCAUUAAUCUGUCACAUAGUAGUUAAAUACUACAGGCAAGUCACGUAGUGGUUAUAGGUUUAAGGCAAUUGCUAAAUUGUUGCUUCCAGACCAGUUGUUGGCUAACAAAGCACUUUCUGCAUGGUGGUACUAUUAAUCCUAGGCUUGUAAGUAUGAAAUGUUCUUUUUGUUCCGUUUUAAAAUAGUUGAGAAGCAGGUUUGCUAGUGUAUAUGCUGUUCUCUGCUUCUGUGAGGUCAUUUCCUUAACUGUUUUAUCAGCUUCCUAAGAUAAAGGGGCAGGUGUGUGUCCCUCCUAGCUCCUCUGCCCUCACAGGCUAGGUGGGGGAGAGACUUCCUUGCUGCAAAGGCUGAGUGGACUGGUCUCCUGCAGUCUUGACAUGCCCGCUUUGAUGCUUCUGGUGUCACAUCCAGGCUUUGAGUGUCUGUCUUUUAAUUAGACUGAUCCCAGAGAAUGUCAUUGGAGCUGGAUUAAACAUCUGGUUUUGUAGGAGCUCUGCGUGUGUGGCUGGAUGUCUCUUACCCCUCCCGUGCUCUGUCAGCAAAGCGGUCUGCUUGUUUCCCAGCCUGCUUCUGAUGAAAUCAGCCUACUUUAUUUAAACCAGCUAUUUAAAUUGCUUACAUUAAGGUGGCUGAUUUUGACUGAAGUGGAUUAGGGAUUUGUUCAGGAGAGUGGUGGGAGCUCUGGCAGAAGUGCUGUUACAAGCAACUGUCUUAAAUUUCUUCUUCUGUUUGCAAAGUAACCAUCUCUGUACAAUCUUAACUGGUAGUAAAACCUGUGGAAAGAAGCAACUGGCCCCGUACAUCUACCUGGGGAUUGUCUUCUCCCUUCUUCACCACGGUGCUUGGCAGCGGUGUUGCGAGCCUGCUCAGACACAUUAAAAGCUUUCGUCUUUUCCAGUUGAGCCCAUCCAAAAAUAUUUAAAGGCUCUGCACCCACUUUCAGGCUUUGUUUACAGUGCCUUGAGAAUCAGUGCAGAGGAUUCUCCAGGACAUGUGAAGACUUGUUAAGUGACUGGACUGUUUCUCCUCUUAAAAUCUGCACAUGCGUUGUGUAGAUUGUGAAUGUUAAUUUUUGUGUGUGGUGUUUAGCCCACAUGAAAAUCACAAUGCUACCAGUGACCUUUGGGUUCUAAAUAUGUGAGGAAAUUGUGCCUUACUGCUUGCACUCGGUGCUUAAAAAUAGCAGGGAAGGCUUGUAGUCUUACAACCGAGUUCUAUGUUUGCACCCUCCAACUUGAAAAAGCAGCGAGCUAUCUCACACAAUUCUGAGCUCUGCACAAGAUGUUUUUGCAUAAUGGCCAUCAUGGUGAUCUUCAUUCAAAUUUGUGCAAUAAAAAUACCAGGCUUUCUACACUGAAGGGAAAGAAAUACUUUGUGAAAUUUUUGAAAGAUUAUAUAAAAGUGUAACGAAUCAAGAUGCUGGUAGUGUCUUUAAGAUGGAAAUUCAUCUUUGUUUUAGUCUAUUGCUGUAAACAUAAGCAGUUCUCUAGAUAUUAAAUUUUAUGCUGUUCAGAACUAUCUAUCACUUUUAAUACCUUUGAGAAUUUAAGGGACUUAAUGAUUAUUAAAUCAGGAUGAUAACAGUGAUUUUAUAUAUAUAAAAUUUCUAUACAGUUUUGUUGCCAGUGUUGCCUUGAAUUUCCAUUUCAAUAAUUUUGAAAUGCUUAAAUAUUUUUUCCAUUCUAAACCUGUGGUCUUUUUUAAUUUAUUAUGCAUUUUUGAUCUUAAGAACUUUCUAAAAUACUUUGUAGUCAUUUUUUAAAUAAAAUAUUAGUGAAUAACUUAA